AUGGCCAGGGGAAAGCAAAAGGAACAAGCUAGAGAAAAGGCUCAAAAACUAGCUGAAGCAAGAAGCGGCGGCAAAUCCCAGUUGGAGGCUCGUGCGAAGGGGUUGCAGUUGAAGUGCCCCGUCUGCAAGACUCCAGCAGCAAACUAUAAAGUUGUCGUUCAGCAUAUGGAGGCUAAACAUCCGAAGGAAGCGAUUCCGCCAGAAACUGCUUUCCAAACUCACUGCGAGAAACAGGAUUACACUGUAUGCUAUGUUCGUUUGCUUAAUUCAACAGGCACCAAAGAUCCAUCCACAGGAGUUUCAUGGUGUCCGGACUGUGUAAGAGCUGAUCCCUUGAUCCAUCGUUGCGCUCGCCCCGAUAGUGUGCUCGUUGAAGUUCCGGUAGGCACAAGAUCCGAGUACAAAGGAAGACCGGACAAUCCUUACAAGACCCACCCAAGAAUUCAACUCAAGGCCAUUCCCACCUUGAUAAAAUGGUCGGUCACCGGUAGCGAUGACGACAAACGUUUGGUGGAAUACGAGUGUGCUAAUGAAGAUGCAUUAAGUGAACUCUUUUCGGAAUGA